AUGGCGUUUUUUGGGCAGGUGCAAACUGUCAUGAUGUUUCUCGGGCAGGUGAGAGCUGUCAUGGUGUUUCUCGGGCAGGUGCGAACUGUCAUGAUGUUUCUCGGGCAGGUGAGAGCUGCUGUGGUGUUUUUUGAACAGGUGCAAGCCGCCAUGGUGUUUCUCGGGCAGAUGCGAGCUGUCGUGAUCUUUCUCGGGCAGGUGCGAGCUGCCAUGGUGUUUCUCGGGCAGGUGAGAGCUGCUGUGGUGUUUCUUGAACAGGUGCAAGCCGCCAUGAUGUUUCUCGGGCAAAUGCGAGCUGUCAUGAUCAUUCUCAGGCAGGUGCGAGCUGCCAUGGUGUUUCUCGGGCAGGUGAGAGCUGCUGUGGUGUUUCUUGAACAGGUGCAAGCCGCCAUGGUGUUUCUCGGGCAGAUGCGAGCUGUCAUGAUCAUUCUCGGGCAGGCGCGAGCUGCUGUGGUGUUUCUUAAACAAGUGCAAUCCACCAUGGUGCUUCUCGGGCAGGUGCGAGCUGCCAUGGUGUUUCUCGGGCAGGUGCGAGCUCUCGAGGUGUUUCUCCGUGCGUUUGAGAACGGGCCUGCGCAGAGUGGCACAGAGGAUCCGCCACUCUUGAUCAUCCGAUUUUCUUCCCCCCGCCUCCACUGCUUCCACGGGCGAGGGAGAGGGGGAGACGCCGAAGCAGGGACUGGGGGAGCGACCUGCGGGGACGCGGGACACCCGGUAGUGGAAGAGGGGGAGGGAGAGGAGAGGGAGUAA